AAAGGUCAUCCGAGGACUCUUGGAUCCCACUUGUUGAGAACGAUUAGUACUAUCCCACGGCUGGAUUGACGCUGCGUGCAAAGAUCUCUUAGCGACCCCGCUUUCUGUCCCUCCGCCUCUUCUCUCGCCAAUCCAUUUCUUGCGCUGCUUUCUACCCAAAGGCAUAUUGGUAUCAUUCUGAACUGUUCUGAACACAUCCCCACGUAACCAGCACGUUUUCGUACACAGGUACACACCCAUCUUUCACGCCCUUCACCUACACACACGCUCACACACACAACGAUGAAUGGCAUCGUCCGGAUUGAUUCCCACCAGGGAUUAGUUAUGACAAUGAAGAAGAAGCCCGUCACCGCACACUCAUCGCCUACGAAGGGCCACCAUGCUUCCAGAGCGACGCGACCAACACUAAACAGUGCACCAGCGAAUGCCCCCCCAGUGCUCCCGUCAUUGGUCAGCAAUGCCAUGACAAGCACUGUUGGUUGGGCCAAGGACGAGACCGACAACCUGUUGGAGCUCGAAUAUAAGGAGGAGAUCUUCCAAUAUAUGAAGCAAAUGGAGAAGGAGACCAUGGCUGUUCCUGAACACAUGGAUCUACAGCCAGAGCUCACUUGGGAUCUGAGACCGCUGUUGGUCGACUUUUUGAUCGAGAUCCACAACCACUUCAACCUCCAGCCCGAGACAUUGUAUCUGGCAAUGAACAUGAUGGAUCGUUAUCUCUCCAAGCGUGUCGUUUACAAAAAGCAUUAUCAGCUUGUUGGCAUGACCUCGCUCUGGAUUAGCAGCAAGUACGAAGAUUCAAAAGACAAGCUUCCUUCAGUUUCGCAAUUAUGCAAGCUAUGCAGCAACACAUAUGACGAGGCGGCUUUCAUUACAAUGGAGAGACAUAUCCUGAAGACACUGGAUUACGGGUUGGGACAUCCAACAGCCGAAGCCUUUUUAAAGAAGGAUCUAGAGAUGCCUGGGGAGGACGACCAAGUUCUGCGACACGUGGCUCAGUUCUUGAUGGAGCUAACCAUGUUCCAGAGAUGCUUCCUCUCCUUCGGCUCUUCGACUAUUGCUGCCAGUGCUUUGUUCUUGGCCCGCAACAUCUGCCGAAAGCAGAGUAUGGUUCCCAAUGAUCCCAAUGUGUUUACGUGUAUUCAAUAUCUCGACAACAGCUUGACGAACGUGUCCAAGACCGUGCAUGAGAAGUACGCCCGCUCGCGUUUCUCACAAGCCAGCAUCGUGGUCAAGGAGUGGGUCGACAAUGGCGGAAGGGCGCUAAUUCAGCCGAUCUCGACAACAGAGUGCUCGGACCCUCUUUGGACGCUCUCUAACAUGCUGUGGCAGCCACCUUCACCUAUCCCAACGACGUUCCCUACCCAGCAGAGCACACCUAGCAAUAACUCAGCAGAAGCCCAACCCGCAUAUAGCAAUGCUGGCUAUGCUACUCAACAGACCCACCCUCAACCACCGCCACAGCCACAGCCACAGCCACAGCCACAGCCACAGCCACAGCCACAUCAGCAACCACCGCAGCAGCAAGCGCAGCACCAUCAUAGUCACCAGACACAGCAGCAGCAACAGCAGAUCCACCAACCACACCCACAACAUCAACAGCAGCCAGUACAGCCGCGCUCAAGUCAGCAAGUCGUCCCUCAUCAGAUGCAAACCGGUCGUCAUAUCGGUCAUACUGUAACAUCCAUGUUCUCCCAAUAUGCGUCGGGUCACCAUCAGAGGACGGGGUCGAAUGUUUCCGCCCAUCACGUCGCGUAUACAAUGCUGCCACAACAACCACAGCCGGCAGUCAUUACGCACCAGACCACAUAUGAUAUUCGGCCGGCAGGGUCAGACUGCGGGGCAAGAUGGGUGGAUAUCAAUGUCGACAUGUAAAAACAGCCAUAGGGCCGAAAGUUGCCAUGUGCCGCUUCUUCCUCUUCGUUCUACGUAUCGAUCGCUCCAGAUUCUAUAACGGCAACCAUUCUUUUAAUUCCCUUUACGCGUAUUAUUAUAAUAACAUUGUACAUUAUUAAGACCAUGCCACUAUACUAUUACACUCU